CGAGUUUAGGGAUUGGCCUUAUUGCAGUCUCACGCGCUUUUACAAAACAAGGAAACAAAUCAUGCGAAUCUAAAAGUCAUACCUGCCUUUUAUAAUCAAUGUUUCUACUCCUUCCUCCUUAUCUCUCCAUCUCUGUGGAGAGACAAAACAAAACAACAUUCUUGAUAUCUUUGGUAAUAAACCUCAUCAGAUCAGAAGCUUCUUCAAUCUUUAUCACACAACGUUACAUCAUUAUUCAUUAGCACACUAAAAUAAAAUAAAAAGCUCAAAUCUUUCUUUUUCACUAGCUUUGAAUUUAAACGCGUUUUCUUCUUCUUCCUCUUCUCAUAAUGCCGUUAAACGCCGUCGUUUUAGCGGCGGUCUUGUGUUUGAUCGUUCUUUCACCGUUUGCCGUCGGAAUACGGACGGGCUCGGGGAGGAUCACGACCAACGGAGACAACGGAAGAAAUGAGUUCAGCAAACUCGGUCCGUUCACCGAAGCUCCGGAGUACAGAAACGGCAAGGAGUGCGCGUCGUCGUCGUCAGCAAACAGAGAGAAGAGCUUCGACCCCUCUCUCGUCCACAUUGCCAUGACUCUGGACUCGGAGUAUCUCCGCGGGUCCGUCGCCGCAGUCCACUCAGUUCUCCGCCACGCGUCGUGUCCCGAGAACGUCUUCUUCCAUUUCAUAUCCGCCGAGUUCGACUCGGCGAGCCCGCGCGUGCUGAGUCAACUCGUCAGGUCGACUUUCCCCUCGCUGAGCUUCAGAGUCUACAUUUUCCGGGAAGACACGGUGAUCAACCUGAUAUCGUCGUCGAUCAGACAGGCCCUCGAGAACCCGCUGAACUACGCCCGGAACUACCUCGGAGACAUACUCGACCGGAGCGUUGACCGAGUCAUCUACCUCGACUCGGACGUGAUCGUGGUCGACGACAUAACGAAGCUGUGGAACACCGAGCUGACCGGGACACGUGUCAUCGGAGCUCCGGAGUAUUGCCAGGCGAACUUCACGCUGUACUUCACUUCAAACUUCUGGUCCGACCCGGCUUUACCGGGCGAGAUCUCGGGUCGGAGGCCUUGCUACUUCAACACGGGGGUGAUGGUGAUGGACAUGGUUAGGUGGAGAGAAGGGAACUACAGGGAGAAGCUGGAGAGAUGGAUGCAGCUUCAGAAGAAGAAGAGGAUCUACGAUUUGGGUUCUUUGCCGCCGUUUCUGCUUGUGUUCGGAGGGGAUGUGGAAGCUAUCGAUCAUAGGUGGAACCAGCACGGUCUAGGAGGGGACAACGUACGAGGAAGCUGUCGGUCGUUGCAUUCUGGUCCUGUGAGUUUGCUGCAUUGGAGUGGGAAAGGGAAGCCGUGGGUGAGACUUGAUGAGAAGAGGGCUUGUCCGCUGGAUCGUCUUUGGGAGCCGUAUGAUCUCUAUAAUAAGCAUAAGAUUGAGAGAGCUAAAGAUCAGUCUCUGCUCGGGUUUGCUUCUUUGUCAGACUUGGCUGAUGAUUCAAUCUUUUUGUGAGAGUUUAAGGAAAAAAUUGCAUUCUUUUUUUUUUUUAACAUCGUCUGCGUUACAGAUUCUACAAUACAUUUGUUCAGGUGAUUCUUUGUUUUUUUCUGGUGUAUAAAUCGAAUUAGAGAAAGAGAUAUUAGAGGGCUAUGGAAGCCAUUGAUGAACC